CUAUCUUAAGAAUUUCGACGAUUUCGAGAUUCGUCCAAAAUUUGUUGUUGUUUGCCAUUGGAAUUUCAUUUUCACAUAGAAUUUCGACAAUCGAGAUUCUAAAAUUUCUUUUCCACGAUAUUGCUUCACAAUAAUUCCAUUUUAUACAACGAUUUCUCCAUUUUUCCAUUCUCCAAUUUCAUUUUUCCCCCUCUUUCUCCUACCUUAAGAAUUUCGAGAUUCGUCCAAAAUUCGUGCCCCCACUUUGCCGCGCGAAAGGAGGGGAGGGGAGGGGAAAUUCGCGCGCAACUUCACGCGCAAAAAAAUUGAAAAUUCCCAAGUAUUAUUAUAGAUAACCUUCGCGAAAAGCGAAAAGCGAUUCGCGCAAGAUGUGGAUAAAUUUCAAUUAUGAUCGGAUUGUACCUUCUAGACAUUUACGUGGAGCAAUUGAUGCUGAACAGGGACGUUUACAUAGACACGAACGGGGCGAAGCUGGUCGUGAAAGUUGCGUUCAUUAAUUUCCCACCGACCGAGGUCAACGAGCGCGAACGCUCGUUGAAAAAUGAGACGAUUUACGUUUACGGGUUCAGAUGCGGCCAGUCCAUACACUUCUCAAUGCCUACCGAGGAGCUCGUCAACAAGAUGAAGAAAGCGUUGCUCAAGAUCGGUAUUUUCAAAGUGAACGACACCUACCCCAUUUGCCACAUCUUCACCCAUCUCAGCGGUUGCGCCUGCGACAUGGCGAAGGCGAUCGUGAAAGAUCCAACACCGUACGUGUUCAAAGGCCCGUUCGAGCUGUUGGAUCCUGGGAACAACUUCGCUGGCCAACUGGACAUCGACAUCACGGUUCGAAACUUGGGCAGGGCGCUGGUGACGCCGUACGUGCUCGCUCCUAAAUGCUUCGUGUUCAAGAACGAGCCGAACGGGCCCGAGUUCAGGUGCCAGGCGUUGAGGAUGGGCGGCGGGAUGGACGCCGGCGGGCCAUCCUCGUCGCCUGCCGCCGUCGAGAACACGGUGAGGGAGGAUUUGCUGGACAGGGGCCCGGCCGGGAACAUGAUGGCCGACGUGGCAGCCAUCUCCCCCGUGGCCCCUCGCCUCGCCCUUGGCAGCCCGCCGCCCAAACUACCCAGGCCACCCCUCAUCGACCCCACCCUGGCCAAGAAGAAGCCCAAGAAGGGUAAAACGAAGAAGAAGAAGUGAAGAAUCGAGUUCUCUCUACUUUCUCCUUUCCUUUAAAUUCUUUCAUGAAAAUUCGUCCGAAAGGCGGAUUGAGGAAUAAUAAGAAGGAAUAAUAAGAACGAUCUUUGUAAUAUUGUAUUCUAAUUUCUUGGGUAUUUUCUAAUCUCAUUUCGAUUGCAGGAUUGUUUGGAAAAAGGUGAAGAUAAAAGGUGUUCUAAAAUUAAGAACAAGGUUUGAAUUGAAUAUAAAAGAGAGGUUUUAGAUAUUUAUUUUUUAAGGAAAUAAUUAAGUACAUAGGAUAGGAUUAUUUGCUGGCAUAUACCUUUCGUGAUUUUUCAUGAUUUUUCUGCAUAAUUGUGGAUAAUUUCGUCGAUACAGCGUUUAAUUUCCUCUCGCAAAUAUGUAUAUACUUAUAUGUAUAUACAUACAAAGGGUGUCCCAAAAUUAACGCAGGAUUUGAAUUGAAUAUGAAAGAGAGGUUUUAGAUAUUUAUUUUUUAAGGGAAUAAUUAAGUAAAUAGGAUAGGGUUAUUUGCUGGCACAUAUCUUUCGUAGAAAUUUUUCAUGACUUUUCUGUAUAUAUUGUGGCUGAAUUUCAAUAAUGCAGCGUUUAAUUUCCUCUCGUAAUGCAAAUAUGUACUUAUAUAUAUAUAUAUAUACAUACAAAGGGUGUCCCAAAAUUAAGAUUUGCAAGAUUCGAAUCAAAUAUAACAGAAGAAGAGAAGAAUCAAGUUCUUUCUCCUUUCCUUUUCCUUUCUUUAAAUUCUUUCAUGAAAAUUCGUCCGAAAGGUGGAUUGAGGAAUAAUAAGAGUGAUCUUUUUAAUAUUGUAUUCUAAUCUCAUUUCGAUUGCAGGAUUGUUUGGAACGAGAUAAAGGGUAUUCUAAAAUUAAGAGCAAGAUUUGAAUCGAAUAUAAAAGAGAGAUUUUAAAUAUUUAUUUUUUAAGGGAAUAAUUAAAUAAAUAGGAUAGGGUUAUUUGCUGGCACAUAUGCACCCUUUCGUUGAAAUUUUUCACCUUUCUGCAGUUUAAUUUCCUUUUGUAAUGCGAUUAUGGGAUUGUCGACGUAGACCUUUGACUUCGAAUAACCCCGUAAGAAAAAAUCAAAUGGUGUUAAAUCGCGCGAUCUAGAGGGCUAAUUCUGAUCACCGAAACGAGAAAGUACACGAUCAGGAAAUGUCUCGUGCGAUAAUCGAAUCGUUUCAUUGGCUUGUUGAAACCGUAUAUUGGCCACAUCGAUGUCAUCCAAUUUCUGAAGAAAGAACCGUGUUAUCGUGUCGCGAUAUCGAGCACCGUUAACAGUUGCCGCUUGACCAGCCUCGUUCUCGAAAAAAUGAUUCGAUGAUGUCUCCUGCUCAAAAUCCGCACUAAACAAUGAUACGUUGUGGGUGCGUUUGUUUUUCGUUAAUCAUACAUGGCUUCUCCGAAACCCAAACAAUUUUGGCGAUUAAAGCCAUCGAGGUGAAAAUGUGUUUAGGAUUAUUUUGCGACCGCCAAACUUUCAUUAUUUUUAAAAUAUUGUUCAAUAAUGAAGACACGUUGUUGUAUCGUAUAACGCUCCUAAUUUUUAUAUAACCCUAAACUCUCAAUUGUCAAGCUAUUCUUUAUUCAGGGUUGCCAAUAACUAUUUGAUGCAAAAAUGGCGGCAAAUUCAAAUCUUGCGUUAAUUUUGGGACACUUUAUAUAUAAUACUCGAUAAAAUUCUCGAAUUUUGAAAAUUCUGGAUUAAUCCAUGCGUAAGAUAGCGGAAUUGGCGAGUUGGAAAUGAGAGACUGAUGGAGAGAAUCGAAAAGCAGGGAGAGGGAGAGGGAAGAGGGAUCUUUCUCAUGAGGAGGAGAUGUUCGCUACGGGGCAGAGACGUCUGGCGACGACGCGAUUAUGAUUUAUGCCGAAUCGAAUCGAAUCGAGCCUGAUUUACGAGAGCGUAAUGCUCUCUUAAGGGGUGUAUUGGAAGCCGAUCUCGUUCGACGAAACGAAAUCUCGAACAAAGUGUUUCGUAUUCGAAUCCGCUGUUGUCCAUCGUAAUAGUAAUCCUUUGAAUUACUAUUGUAAUUUUAUCGAAAAUAAUUCGAAAGGAAUAAUUGAAAAUAUUCAUAAUUGGUAAUUUUAUCGAA